AUGUCCUUUUCCUCCCUUGUGCAGGACCUCGCCUUUCGAGACCAGCCCAAUGCUCGAGAGAGCACGAGCAGCAAUGACAACCAGUCCACGAUAUCUCGGCCGUCGCAGGCCCGGUCGUACACCUCGACUGCUGCAACGAGCGUAAGCAUUGCAGGAGACAUUUCCAGCCAGCUUCAUGCCGGAUACAGCCACCCAUUGUCAAGAGCGUGGCAGGCAGAAAGACAAUUAACAAAGUCAAUGCUGAUCUACCCUCUUUUCAUCACCGACAACCCGAACGAAAUGACACCGAUCCCAUCUCUACCAAACCAGAACCGUCUGGGCCUGAACAAGCUAGUCCCGUUCCUUACACCUUUGGUCCAAAAAGGUCUACGAUCAGUCAUUCUCUUUGGUGUACCGCUAGCCCCAACCGCCAAAGACGCCCUCGGCACGGCCGCCGACGACCCAGAGGGGCCGGUGAUUCAGGGAAUCCAGUUGAUCCGUCGACACUUCCCGCAGCUGUUCAUCGUCGCCGACGUCUGUCUCUGCGAAUACACGUCACACGGCCACUGUGGCAUUCUGCGCGAGGACGGGAGCCUGAACAACGCAAUGUCGGUGGAACGCAUCUCGGACGUGGCACUGGCAUAUGCCCACGCCGGUGCGCACUGCGUGGCACCCUCGGACAUGAAUGACGGGCGGAUACGGGCGAUCAAGCUGAAGCUGAUUGAAGACGGACUGGCGCACCAGGUCAACCUGAUGAGCUACGCCGCCAAAUUCUCCGGCUGCCUGUACGGUCCGUUCCGGGACGCCGCGGGCUCGUGUCCGUCCUUCGGCGACCGCAAGUGCUACCAGCUCCCUCCCGGCGGGCGAGGCCUGGCCAGACGCGCCAUUGCCCGAGACGUCUCCGAAGGCGCCGACAUCAUCAUGGUCAAGCCCGCCUCGUCGUAUCUCGACAUUAUUUCGGAUGCAAAGGAGAUUGCAAAGGACAUGCCCAUCGCCGCGUACCAGGUCAGCGGCGAGUAUGCCAUGAUCCACGCCGGUGCCAAGGCCGGCGUCUUUGAUCUCAAGACCAUGGCUUUCGAGAGCACAGAGGGCAUUCUCCGUGCCGGCGCUGGUAUCAUCGUAAGUUACUUCACCCCAGAGUUUUUGGACUGGUUGAGUGCGUAA